AGCGGCGGGCCGCCAUGGAGGAGGACGAGCCGGAGCUGGCGGCCGGGCUGGAGGCGGCGCUGGAGCUGGCACCCGCCGUGCAGGCCGCCAUCGAGCAGGCUGAUAUCCACAGGAAUUUUAAUAGGUCAGAGACCUCCAGAGCACGUAGCUGCUUUACUCCUCAGCCUGACUGCUCUCUGUGCACGCUUGUUAGAACAAUGCUGUGAAACACAAUUGGAACUGGGUGCUGAGGUAUUUCCAAGCCAAGAUCCUCUGGACAGAGCAGAUUUCAACGCUGUGGAGUAUAUUAAUACUCUCUUUCCCACUGAGCAAUCUUUGGCAAACAUUGAUGAAGUUGUGAACAAAAUCAGAUUGAAAAUAAGGAGGUUGGAUGACAACAUUCGAACUGUAGUGAGAGGACAGACCAACGUGGGACAGGAUGGCAGGCAGGCCCUGGAAGAAGCCCAGAAAGCCAUUCAACAGCUCUUCGGUAAAAUUAAGGAUAUUAAAGACAAGGCUGAAAAAUCAGAACAAAUGGUUAAGGAAAUCACACGGGAUAUCAAGCAGCUCGAUCAUGCCAAGCGUCAUCUGACCACCUCCAUCACCACCCUCAACCACCUGCACAUGUUGGCAGGGGGGGUGGAUUCACUGGAGGCUAUGACCAGGAGGAGACAAUAUGGGGAAGUUGCCAAUCUUCUCCAAGGUGUCGUGAAUGUGUUAGAGCACUUCAACAAAUACAUGGGGAUUCCUCAGAUUCGACAGCUUUCUGAAAGGGUGAAGGCAGCGCAGAAUGAGUUGGGACAGCAGAUCCUGGCUGACUUUGAGGAAGCCUUUCCUUCUCAAGGUACAAAGAGGCCUGGUGGACCCAGCAAUGUCCUACGUGAUGCGUGUCUAGUCGCCAACGUCCUGGAUCCCAGAAUCAAACAGGAAAUCAUCAAGAAAUUUAUUAAACAACACCUCUCAGAGUAUCUGGUCCUUUUCCAGGAAAACCAAGAUGUGGCCUGGCUGGAUAAGAUUGACAGGCGCUAUGCUUGGAUAAAGCGUCAGCUGGUGGACUACGAGGAGAAGUACGGGCGCAUGUUUCCCCAGGAGUGGUGCAUGACGGAGCGCAUCGCUGUGGAGUUCUGCCACGUCACGAGGACAGAGCUUGCUAAGAUAAUGCGCACAAGAGCAAAGGAGAUCGAGGUGAAAUUGCUUUUGUUUGCAAUUCAGAGGACAACCAACUUUGAAGGACUUCUGGCUAAACGCUUCUCAGGUUGCACUCUAGCUGAUGGGACAGUGAAGAAGCCAGAAGUGCCACCUCCCUCCACCAACCCAUUUCUGGAGGAUGAAACUGGGACAGAGACAGAUGAGAUUGUGAUCGAGAAAACUGAUAUGGACAAACCAAAGAAGCCAAAGGUCCCUGACAAUCCUUUUCAUGGCAUUGUUUCCAAGUGCUUUGAGCCUCACCUUUAUGUGUAUAUCGAGUCCCAGGACAAAAAUCUGGGUGAACUGAUUGACAGGUUUGUGGCUGACUUCAAGGCUCAAGGUCCCCCCAAGCCCAACGUGGACGAAGGAGGAGCUGUCCUGCCCAGCUGUGCCGACCUCUUUGUGUACUACAAGAAGUGCAUGGUGCAGUGCUCCCAGCUCAGCACAGGCGAGCCGAUGAUAGCCCUGACCACCAUAUUCCAGAAGUACCUUCGGGAAUACGCCUGGAAAAUUCUGUCUGGAAACCUGCCCAAGACAACUAGCAGCAGCGGUGGGCUCACCAUCACUAGUUUGCUGAAAGAAAAGGAAGGCUCUGAAGUGGCAAAGUUUACUUUAGAAGAACUCUGCCUCAUUUGCAGCAUCCUAAGCACUGCAGAGUACUGCUUGGCGACCACCCAGCAGUUGGAAGAGAAACUCAAAGAAAAAGUGGAUGCAAGUCUAGUGGAGAGAAUCAACCUGACGGGAGAGAUGGACACUUUCAGCAUCGUGAUCUCCAACAGCAUACAGCUGUUAGUGCAGGACCUGGAUGCAGCCUGUGACCCUGCCCUGACUGCUAUGAGCAAGAUGCAGUGGCAGAACGUGGAACACGUUGGUGACCAGAGUCCUUAUGUCACCUCAGUGAUUCUUCACAUUAAACAGAACGUCCCCAUCAUCCGCGACAACCUGGCCUCCACGAGAAAGUAUUUUACUCAGUUCUGUAUAAAAUUUGCAAACUCCUUCAUUCCCAAGUUCAUUAACCAUCUCUUCAAGUGCAAACCUAUUAGCAUGGUGGGCGCAGAACAGCUGCUGCUGGACACUCACUCUUUGAAGAUGGUUCUCCUGGAUCUGCCCUCCAUCGGGUCCCAAGUGGUGAGGAAAGCUCCUGCCAGCUACACGAAGAUAGUGGUGAAAGGCAUGACUCGGGCUGAAAUGAUCCUGAAGGUGGUCAUGGCUCCGCACGAGCCCCCGGUUGUGUUUGUUGACAAUUACAUCAAGCUCCUUGCUGACUGCAGCACAGACACUUUCCAGAAGAUACUAGACAUGAAGGGCCUGAAGAGGAGUGAGCAAAGCAGCAUGCUGGACCUCUUCCGCCAGCGCCUCCCGGCUCCCCCCUCCGGAGUGGAGAACACCGGCUCCCUCUCACUGAGCGCUCCUACGCCCGAGCAGGAGUCCUCUCGGAUACGGAAACUGGAGAAACUCAUCAAAAAAAGACUCUAAGUGAGCAGAGGGAGACUCUGUUGCUCAGGACUAGCUGCAGUGACUGGGAGCAAAACUUGUCAGAUUUAUGAUUUACAGUCUGCUGUUGAAAAAUCCGUGUCCCAUCACUCCCAUGCCCUGUGAUCUCUUAACCAUCGUAUACCGUGGUGCCGCACCUCCAUUCAGACCAAGGGAGAAUCUGACCAAGGUGUUUGCCCUUAGGCAGCUUAGCAGGAGUCAAACCCAGGACAUUGCUGGGUCCACAUGGUGGAGAAAAUAGAGGUACCUGGAAGUCAGCAGCUACAAAAACAGUUUAAGCGGAUUCAGAGAAUAUCUGGCUGUGAUAUACUUGGUGUCCCAGCCUUCAGCCUGGCUGGGCUCCUGCUGCAGCACUGAGGAUUUUGCCUGAGAGUUCGGUGUUACUGCUCACUCCUCUGUUUCAUUAUUUAUUGCUGGGCAGGGGGACCAACCCCAAACCAUCACCACUAUCAAAAAAACCCCAACCCUUUAACAGCUGGAAUCCAGGCAUCUGCAGCUCCACUGAAUCAAUGAGAUGCCCAGGAGAGAGCCCCGAAGCAGAUUUCUCCCCUGCUCCAGGCCAGCCGUGCAUAAACAACCAGUAAAACAACAAGGCAGAUCCUUUUCAGAACAGGAGGAAAGGGCUGUAUUAAUGCCUUCUGCACCUCGGCAAACCUCCUGCCAGCAAGCCGGCAGCCUCAGUCACUGUUACAGCUUAAAGGCCAAACUAGACAUCUGCGGAGCCCAUCUCCAGCUGCUUGUUACUUCUCUCGCGUGUGCUGGACUCGCCCGCUGUCCCCGAUGGGAGUUCCCGUACCACAUCUCGCCCUCUGUCCACAAAGGGCCGUUCAUGGAGCAAGCGUCAAAUGGCACCAGCCCCUCGUUCUCGUGCCAGCCCGCGUGUCCUGAGCAGGGGUGUGCCCCUUUGGCACUUUCGCUGCCCUGCAAGGAGAGAUGCUGGAAAUGUUGGCUUUAAUGGGGAGCCUGGGCCUCUUCCCAGGAUGGGAUGCUUAAACCAGCCUCAGACUUUGACGGCCUUCCUCUUCUCCUCCUCCUCUGAGCUUCAGCUUGCACCAGUGCAGAGAGGAGGAGAACCAGAGGUGAAAUAUUUUGGAUAACUCAGCCACAAAGCCAGCACGGAGCAGGGCUGGGGUUGAUAGAUGUCUGUGUCCUGCCCGUUGUGUGAGCUUCCCUGAGGAGUCUCAGGGCAGGGAGACAUCGCCUCGUCAUUAGCAAUGCUGGAGUUCUUCCCAAACUCCUCUGCACCCUUUUUGGGGGACUUUGAAGGCAUAUGCUCAACCAUGAACGAUUGAAUCCCAUAUGGGUUCAGGGGCAGAUCGACCGGUUGUGCCUGGUUUAUUUUAACUCAAGCUUCACUUGCAUGUGCAGGAGAAAGAAGUGCUGUACCGGUUUUGUAGGUGAGGAGCAAUCGUGCUGUCAGAUGCCUUCUUGGGAGGGUUGUGCUCCCACCAGGUCAGGGUUGGGCCUUAGGGCUGUAUUUCUUAGGGGCUGUGCUCAGCAGGGAUUGUAGCACUCGCUGUUGGGAGCUCCGUCCACCCAAACCCAGAGCUUCCUUGGGGCUGGGGAGGGAGGAGGUGAAAUGAGGAAUUCCCCGUGCGAGGCAGAACCUGGGCUUACGCUGCAUCUGCCUGUUUUGUGCUUCAGCACCAUCCCCUCGUGCGCGCAGGCUGCUCCCCUGCCCCCUCCUCAGCCCCGUGGCUGUGGGAGGGCAAAUUUGGUAAAAUCCUGUCCUCCCUUUGCACAGCCGGCAGGCGAGCCUGCGCUUGAACAGGCGGGAGUUGAUCACAGAAAUAAAUCCGCGGAGAUUAAAUCCUCACUGGUCAGGUUUUCUAACGCUGCUCAGACCGACCUGCCGCUGCAGCAAGGUGUGCACCAACAGGUACGCUCACACCAAGCCCUUAGGGUGUAUUUUCAGGGAUCCUCAGGCUUGGGCACUGGCCGCGGCGUGCGGGUGCUCGGCUGCCGUAGGGGUGAUGUCCGUCGCAGAGCAACAGUACCGGCACCUGCGGGGAGGGAUGGCAGUGUCUUGUCACUCCAGUUGUACAAAUCUUCCCAAGUCCGCUGCUGCUUCUUUUAUUUCCUCUCCUGAUUUCACAUCAGGUGACAAAAGAAGGAACGGUGCUUGAAAGCACAUGGGGACUACGAGCAGCUGUUCCCCGAGGACAGAUCAUCUCAAGGUGCAUGUGCGGGACGGUUCACAUGUUAUCAGCUGCAAUAACCGGGAGGAGGGAACAUGGAUUUGCAGAGAUUCGUUAUUCCUGGGAGGGUGAAUAAUUUAUUUUAGAUUAAUUUUUCUUUGUUCUGUCUGUGGAUGACUCUCUAACUAAAUUAUGAAUAGCUGAAGAUGUUCAAGUUACCGUCGUGUGUCUCUUCCCCCUGUUUCGUUCUCCGCAUUUCAUUCUGGAGAUAAGAGGAAAUAAAAGGAAAAAAUAAUUUUUAGUUUCAGCCUUUGAAGAAUGCUACAGGUCUGGGUGUUUGGAGUUCCACUUCUAGAGAGGAAACCGAACCUAUAUGUUUGGUAUAAGGGUUUUGUCCCCCUGGCUCUUGGGUAUUUAUCAGAUUUGGCACGUCUGUACACAUACAUUAGCUGUUUGGGGUUUACAUCUCCGGGGAGUAAAGGAUGAUGGUUUUUUUCUUCUGUAUAAAAUGCCGUGCUUUGUGGGUUUUGGCCGAGGUGUAAUUCUGGCUGUAUGUCGGAGUGUGACACUAAAACGAAUUAAAUGGUUACUGAUGUUCA